CUCAUCUUUACAGUUCACAUGACAAAAUUUUCAUAACUGAUAACCUCUGCUCUCUGUACUUUGUUAAUCUGUUUCUUCUCUCCUUUUUAUUUGAUAUUUGAUUCGAUUUCUUUCUCGAGUUUCCGGACCCAUUUUGAGCACGGAGAAAUGGAAAUUUCGGUGAUUAACAGGAUAAGCGAUUUAGAGGUGGGGUUAAACUCUUUGCCCGACCCGUCCUUCGUUUCCCAGCUUUUUGCUCUUCCUGGGACUGAGAAAAUCUACCAGGGUUACAAUUUUUGGAAAUGGGGCGCUUUGAUUCUUGCCCUGCUCGCCUCCUUCACAACCAUUGUCAACAGAAUCAAGAUCUUGAUUGUGAGAUUAAAGCACCGCAGUUCUCUGCCCUCACCGGUGCUCCUCCAGAACACUGAUUUCGACACCGAGACGGACACCUCAUGCUACUCGUCAUCCGAUGAUGAACAGGAGAAGGAUACAGCAUCCACAUCCCGGGACUGGCGAUGGGUCGAUGAGAAUUUUCAGGUGAGAGGAUCAUCUCACGUCAUUGACGACCGGGGGCAGAAACGUCUUUUUACUCUUCGGAGACGAUGCGGCAGUAUUGGAGAUCUGUUUUCAUUGUCGGAGCUCGUGGCCGGCGGGAAGAGCGUCGUGAAGCUCUGGGAUAAUCUUGGGUUGCGGUUUGGGUUGGACUUUGACGACGGCGAUGAAACCGAUGGUUUCAAUCUUUACGAUCUUAACCAGGAGACAAAAAUCUCGUCUUUUCCUCUCGAUAAGUGUGGGGUCCAGGCCGUUUCACACUCAUCAUCCCCGGCGGUUGUCGUGUCUGCGGGUGCCAAUUUGUCCGGGAAGGUCUCGCUCAGCGCUUGGGACACGCGUCUGCCGCCUCAGGCAUCAGCCAUCCUCGCGGAGUGGCAGCCCAAGAGCCCGGCGGAGAAAAUCGCCGCAGUCAAUGCCGGAAGGAUGGAGAAGGUGUACGUGGAGGAUGACGUUACCGGAGAGUUAACCGUCGGUGACAUGAGGAAAGUGAGCUCACCGUUAGGGAAUGCAACGGAAUCCUCCAACUUGGACACUUGGUGGGACACAGAUGCGGUGAUCGUUUCCGACGAGUCAAGUUAACGAGUUGAUGACACGACUCAGUCAAGCGGUAAAGGAUUGGAUUGUGUCGUUGGAAUUUGGAAAACAAUGAUUUGGGAAACAUGGUCAUAAUGUUGGGCAAAGGAGAAGCCUUUGUAAAUAUUAUUUAUUUCUUACGUGCCUUGUAUUUACCCAAUUUGGUUGCGUGUCUUGUGAUUUGUUUUACCCGAGCCCCUUGCUUUCUGGUGAAAAUAGUAAUUAGCAAGGAAAUUGUGAGCAUUUUCCAAGUUAAUCCAUCAGAUUAAUAAGGAAGAUGGAUUGGCUUCGAUUGGGAGUAUUCUAUACAAGACUUUUUUAUUAUGCAACACAUUAUAUAAAAAAGAAAAUUUAUU